AUGCAUGCCCGCACAAUAAGGAAUUCCAUCCUGUUUCGAUAUAGCCGGUGUUCAAUUGGACGACAUACAGCCUUCUUUCGUCAUGAACUGGUCCAAGGCACCAGAAGGUUCAACGGGUUUGCAAAAAGGAAGAAGAGAGAUGAUUUUGAGCCAUCUAGACACUAUGUUGUCGGAGCUCUUUUGACUGUGCUUAUUCCGUAUACUGGUUAUGCGUUAUACGUAUCUGCUUGCGCUUCCAACGAGAUAGAUGAGCGCCGAAAGAAGCUGUACAGUGUAGAGCGGUUGGAUGAAAACUACGAGGGAACCUUGAUCAAGUACUCGCCUCUGCAAGUGUUGGGAAGGUAUGAGAACCCCUUUGAUGAGUACCGAAUCCAAACGGUCUACGAGUUCUUCUGCAAUCGAUUUGUUGAACUGUUUCAAAGGAACAGAGGAGGUAUACCAGUCGACAGGCUGCAGAUGCAGCAGCUAAUGCCCGUUCAUAAGCCGCAGUGGGUCUUCGAUCGCGAGGUGCCAGGAUUCAAAGAUGUCUCAGAGCCACUCAAGCACAGAAUAUUAGACAAUAAUUCUCCAGAAGCUGUGUCUAUCUUAGAUCAGCCGCUUAAGGAAGAAUCGACUUUGUUCAAUACAUGGCUGGGGCAAUCGUGCAACCUUAUUGUCUACAACGAUUUGAAGAUACUUACGGACCCACUUUUCACCGAUUUUCUUUUGCAUGAGACGCUUGGUCCCAAGCGAAUCACGGAGAUGCCAUGUCAGAUCCAUGAGGUCCCCACUCCCGAUAUUAUCUUGGUGUCUCAUAAUCAUCCUGACCAUCUCGAUCUGAAAAGUUUGGAAUAUUGGAAGGACGGCCAUCCGCUAUGGAUUGUGCCGAAGGGCAUGAAGUAUUUCAUGGAUGAGCAUAAAGUUAAGAACUUCAUCGAAUUGUCCUGGUGGGAAACGUGUGAACUAGAUAAAAAUGGGCAAAAAUAUCACAUUUCCAGUACCCCGGCAAUGCACUGGUCAGGAAGGUCGCUGAUGGAUACAAAUCGCUCUUUGUGGUGCUCGUUUCUCUUGAGUCACCAUGGAAAGCCAAUUUUAUUUCAUGCGGGCGAUACUGGCUAUGUGAAGGACCUUUACACUAGAAUCAAAACUCGCUUUGGAGGAGGCUGCAGACUGGCGUUGUUGCCUUGUGGGCAGUAUUGCCCUGAAUGGCACCAGAGACCGCGUCAUAUAAAUCCAAGAGAGCUUAUAAAGAUUAUGAACGAUCUGGAGGCCCGUCAUGCACUAGGAGUUCAUUGGGGUACAUUCGUUUUAAGCGGUGAAUACUUCCGAGAGCCAAAGGAGCGACUCGAGAUGCUCGCCGAAUGGAAGGCAAUUAGGGGAAGAUGCUAUUGUCCUGAGUUGGGUAAAACUGAAAAGUUCCAGUAA